GAAAACAUGGUGCGGUGACAAAACGCCCGGACACCGACUGAGGAUUCAACAGGAUUCACGUUUUUAUAUCAAUCUACAAAGGACACAGAAGAUACCUGAGGUGUUAAGAUGAGUCGGCCGCGGGUAGACUCCCAGGCUUCCAUGCGGCCUGACGAUGAGGUCAUGCCGUACAGUGACGACGAGACGGAUGACGAAUUGGCACAGAGCAGUGACGGGGAAGCAGAGGGGUCACCAGGAGCCUUGCACCCCCCAGUGGACGCUAGAGCCAGCGAGAUCAACUGGAAGGUGAAAGCCAAUGACCGACCUUACCACCACCUGCCAGAGUUUCAGAAAAAAGUCUUCUUGUGCUUUAAGAAGAGCAAAUACUCUGGAAACGCCAUCAAGACAUACAAGUACAACUUUCUCACCUUCAUCCCCCUCAACCUGUACGAGCAGUUUAGGAGAGUUGCCAACCUCUACUUCUUGGCUCUGCUCAUCUUACAGGUUAUUCCAGACAUUUCCACUCUGCCCUGGUACACAACACUGAUUCCUCUGGUCGUGGUGCUGGGAGUCACUGCCAUCAAAGACCUGGUGGACGAUCUUGCCCGGCACAGGAUGGACAAGGAGAUCAACAACAGGAAGUGUGAGGUCCUGCUGGAUGGCAGGUUUCAAGAGUCAAAGUGGAUGAACGUCCAGGUCGGAGAUGUGGUUCGUCUGAGGAAAAACGACUUUAUUCCGGCUGAUAUCCUCCUGUUAUCCAGCUCCAACCCAAACAGCCUGUGCUACGUAGAAACAGCCGAGCUCGACGGAGAGACGAACCUGAAGUUUAAGAUGGGACUUAGAGUGACUGAUGAGAGACUGCAGGAGGAGCGUCAGCUGGCUGAGUUUAAUGCUUUGAUCGAGUGCGAGGAGCCAAACAACCGUCUGGACAAGUUCACAGGGACGAUGCUUUGGAACAGGGAGCGCUACCCUCUGGAUCUGGACAACAUGCUGCUCCGAGGCUGCAAGGUCAGAAACACUGAGGAAUCCCACGGAGUGGUCAUCUUUGCAGGUGCCGACACCAAAAUCAUGAGGAACGGCGGGAAGACAAGGUUCAAGAGGACAAAAAUUGACGAGCUGAUGAACUACAUGGUUUAUACUAUCUUUGUGCUGCUGAUUCUGUUGGCGGCAGGUCUGGCCAUCGGUCACACCUUCUGGUACGAGGAGAUCGGCUCCAAGGCCUGGUAUCUGUACGACGGCAAAAACCAGGACGCCUCCUACAGAGGCUUCCUCAGCUUCUGGGGAUACAUCAUCGUCCUCAAUACCAUGGUGCCCAUUUCACUAUAUGUCAGUGUGGAGGUGAUUCGUUUGGGCCAGAGUAAGUUCAUCAACUGGGACCUGCAGAUGUAUUUCGCAGAGAAAGACACGCCAGCUAAGGCUCGAACCACCACCCUGAACGAGCAGCUCGGACAGAUCGAGUACAUCUUCUCUGACAAGACGGGAACUCUGACACAGAACAUCAUGCAGUUCAAGAAGUGCACCAUCGCCGGACGCAGCUACGGUGACCCGACAACUGCCGAGGGAGUGCAGCUGGACAGAGGAAGGCCGGUGGACUGGAGCUGGAACCGGGACGCUGACAAAAAGUUUCAAUUCAUGGAUCACUCCUUGGUCGCCUAUGUUCGAUCCAGGAAGGAUAAAGACGCUACAGAGUUCUUCAAACUGCUCUCCCUCUGCCACACUGUCAUGGCGGAGAACCAAGAUGGUGAACUGGUGUACCAGGCAGCAUCUCCUGAUGAGGGCGCCCUAGUGACAGCAGCCAGGAACUUCGGUUACGUGUUUCUGUCUCGUACCCAGGACACCAUCACCAUCAGGGAGAUGGAGGAGGAGGCCACCUACGAAAUGUUGGCACUGCUCGACUUCAACUCCGACCGCAAGCGCAUGUCUAUCAUCUUGAGGUUCCCUGAUGGUCGUAUUCGUCUCUACUGUAAAGGAGCCGACACAGUCAUCUAUGAGCGACUUUCCCCCAACUCCAGACACAAGGACACUACUCAGACUGCUCUGGAUACCUUUGCCAACGAGACCUUGCGGACGCUGUGCUUGUGCUACAAAGACAUCAGCAUAGACGAGUACGAAGCCUGGUCCAGGAAGCACAAAGAUGCCCAAGUGUCCCUGGGUGACCGAGAAGCUGCCCUUGAUCGCGUGUACGAGCAGAUCGAGAACAACCUGUUGCUGAUUGGGGCAACAGCCAUCGAGGACAAGCUGCAGGACGGAGUGCCAGAGACCAUUGCCAAACUGGCCAAGGCUGACAUCAAGAUCUGGGUCCUGACAGGAGAUAAGAAAGAAACGGCAGAGAACAUCGGAUAUUCCUGUUCACUUCUGACAGACGACAUGCAGAUCCACUACGGAGAAGACGUCAAUCAGAAGCUGAGGAUUCGUCAGGCCAACAGGAGAAAUGAGCCUCCAACUUACCGUCGAGGCAAAAAGACACCUGCAGAUCUGUUCUUCCCCCAGCCAGGCAAAAACGCUCUCAUCAUCACCGGAGGAUGGCUGAAUGAGAUUCUGUAUGAAAAGAAGAAGAAACGUCGUCGUCUACGUCUUCAUCGCCUGGGAAAGCGAUUGCCUCCCAGCAGCCCUCAGGAUGGACAGCCAAUGAACGACUGGGAGAAGGAGAUGAGACAGAUUGACUUUGUGGACAUGGCCUGCGAGUGCGAGGCAGUCAUCUGCUGUCGUGUCACGCCAAAGCAGAAAGCCAACGUGGUGAGUUUGGUGAAGAAGUACAAGAAGGCUGUGACGCUGUCCAUUGGAGACGGAGCCAACGAUGUCAACAUGAUCAAGACUGCAGACAUUGGUGUUGGUAUCAGUGGUCAGGAGGGGAUGCAGGCCGUCAUGUCCAGCGAUUACGCUUUCGCCCAGUUCCGUUACCUGCAGCGCCUCCUGCUGGUGCACGGACGCUGGUCCUACAUCCGAAUGUGCAAGUUCCUCCGAUUCUUCUUUUUCAAGAACUUUGCCUUCACGCUGGUCCACUUCUGGUACUCCUUCUUCAGCGGAUACUCGUCACAGGUCGCCUAUGAGGACUGGUUCAUCACUCUCUACAAUCUCUGUUACAGCAGCUUACCUGUUCUACUAGUUGGACUUCUCGACCAGGAUGUUAACGACAAGCUGAGCCUGAAAUUCCCCAAACUCUACCUGCCUGGCCAGCAGGGGGUGUUGUUCAACUACCGAAACUUCUUCAUCAGCUUGUUCCACGGCAUCUUCGUCUCACUCAUCAUCUUCUUCAUCCCUUACGGAGCGUUCCUGCAGACCAUGGGGCAAGAUGGAGAAGCCCCCUCCGACUACCAGUCCUUCGCCGUUGUCACCGCUUCGUCGCUGAUUUUUACCGUCAAUCUGCAGAUAUCUCUGGAUACCUCCUACUGGACCUUUGUCAACUGCUUUGCAGUUUUGGGCAGCAUAGCGAUCUACUUUGGCAUCAUGUUUGACAUCCACAGUGCUGGGAUCCACGUCAUCUUCCCCUCAGCAUUCACCUUCACCGGUGCAGCGUCGAACGCGCUGCGUCAGCCUUACCUGUGGUUAACCAUCAUCCUGACAGUGGGCAUCAGCCUGCUGCCCGUCAUUUGCAUCCAGUUCCUCCAUAAAACCAUCUGGCCCUCUGUAGGAGACAAGAUUCAGAGAAACAGGAAGAAGUAUGAGAUGGAGAUGGAGGAGGAGGAGAAGAAAAAGACACCAGCCUUCCAGCGUGGUCGGCGCUCCCGCCGCUCCGCCUACGCCUUCUCUCACUCCCGAGGCUAUGCCGACCUCAUCUCGUCUGGGCGGAGCAUUAGGCGGCGGCCACAGGCCCGUGGUGGACCCCAGGACAGCAUCAGGGAGUUUCCCCAGAGAGAGGCUGAAAAUAUCUGAUGGGGCUGAGCGGAAGACGGGGCAAGACUGUAGCAGGAGCGGUUGUAAAUUUUUGAAAAGUGCAAGGAGCGCUUGGUUUGUCCUCAUCUUUAUCUGUGGAGACGCUGCUGAAAUGGUCAACAUCAGAAGCUCAGCACAGAAUCAACAGCUUGUUGGGAGUUUCCUUUGGUGUAUUUAAGUGCUGUAGAAGGUGCUGCAACACAACUAGCGCUCCUCAACUUUUUGAUGAAAAUGAUUGAAAUGCAGAGCUUGGUUUACCAGUUUUUACUGAUGAUUCAAGGUAAAUCCAGGUAAAACAGUAGGUACAGCCAAUGUGCAGAAAGUUACAUGAAGCGCUACUGAAUGUACUGCAUUUCUGCUCCAGUCAGCGACUCCGUCUCCACAGCCUCCAGUUCUUAUGCACAGACUCUCUGUUAAAAUGCAAAUAAACACAAAGCUCACCGAAGAGACGACCGCCGUUACCGGGGGUUUGAGGUCAUACAGCGACAGUGUGACUGACAAUGUCAUUUAACUCAGGAUUUUUAAAAUAAAGCUUUAUUUUUAGUCAGUUUGUCCCCCUGGCUGUAACAUCGUUUAAUGUGAUACUUUUUGACAUUCAGUUUUAGCCCAGUGUUGGCAGAGCACUUGAUAUAUUAGUGUUUUCACCAGUGUAAGCUACAUGAAAUCAGACCGCAACCUCUAUAGUUUUAUUUUUGUCCGUUGAGAUGACAACUCAAACAUUUUCCCUCAUGUUCAAAACAAUGGGCUAAAACUUAAUAUGUCAUGGUAUCCUCUUUUAAUGUUUUAAUAUAAGUAAUAGUUGGAUGUUACUAUGCCAGGCUAUGCAAGGUGGUAGGAUGUUAUAAAGUGUGUCUUAAUUUAAAAAUAAAUUGUGAAUAGUGAUCUUUUUCCUCUGCUGUGUCCCAAGUGUCCUUACAGAUGGGUGCUGUAAUCACUAAUUUUUAUAGACUUCAACUUUGUUUCAGCCUUAAAAUCUUUUAAAUACCUCUUUCAAUGCUGGACUCUAGUAUCACUUGUACAAUACCUCACCUUUUUAUCACUCUGUAGGGAACUUGUAAGGAGCUGUAGUUUGUCUUUCUUGAACAGCAGUGUCACAACAUCUUUUCAAGCUUUUACAAUUUGCAGAAAGUAAAUCCAGGUGUUUCUUAAGUACAUCUUCUAAUGGGGAAAAGAAUCACAAGUUUAUUUUCAUUUGACUAAUUUGAUUAUUGGGGGUUUUUUUCCCCGUUGGAUGUUAAAUCACCUGUUCCUUAAGUUGUCAAAAAUAAUGACUUUUUCUGUGUGUGUGUGUCACUGAUUGUUUACAAUGAACUCAGAGAAGAUGUUUGUGUUUUUCGGAUCCUAUAACCAGAUUUAGAAUAUCUGAUAAACAGUGCUAAACCAAAACUAGCACAUUCCUGUUCUGACUGUUACUGUAUCCCCUUCACACUAAUGUUACUGUAUACAGAUAAUGUCUUUAUUACUGAAUGAAUGGAGGUAGUAGAUCAGGACUGUUGACUGUACCAGCAGAUAUUUUGGUCUCUGUCUAUGAUGGUAUUUUAUCAUAUGGUUGUUAAUAAAAGCCAGUGUUUAUUUUA